AUGGCCCUGCCCCCACCUCUGGGCCCCACACCCCCCUCAGAGCCCUUCAGCCACCCCCCUGGAGCCCCCAGGCAACUGGACGCAACUGGAUGCACCAUCUGGCCUGCAUCUGGAGAGGAGAGAAUCAGGUCAGAACAGGCCCAGAACACCUCGCACCCUCCCGAGCACUUCCAGGGUGGGCUGAGAGGCACUGAGCCUGCUGCUGGCCUCCCCAGCUUGCCAGCACCCCCUUCUCAUGAGGACUCAGCUGGGGCCAAACGCCGUGAGCACCCCAUCUCUGGCCACGAGGUAUUGGAGGCUGAGCAGGACAGCCUGCAUCUUUGUCUUUUGGGGCUGGGCCUGUGGCUGCAGGACCUGGAGCGAGGCCUGAGGCCCUGGGCAUCAGCUCAGUGUGGGAUGGUCCAGCUGCAGGCCCUACAAACAGACCUACGUGGGGCAGCUGAGCGUUUAGAUGCAUUGCUGGUGUUCGGUGAGGGGCUGGUACAGCGGAGUGAGCCUCAGGCCCGGGCAUCCCUGGAGCAGGUCCUGAAGGCCUUCAGAGCCCACCAAGACAGCAUCUUCCGGCAGCUGUGGCAGCUCCAGGCCCAGCUGGUCAGCUACAGCCUGGUGUUUGAGGAGGCCAGCACAAUGGAGCAAGACUUGGAGGUCGAGGGGGACUCAGACGGGCCAGGACCUGGUGGGGUCUGGGGGCCCUGGGCAUCCAGUAGCCUCCCCACUCCUGCAGAGUUGGAAUGGGACCCAGCGGGGGACGUUGGGGACCUCGGGCCUUUGGGGCGAAGGACAGCCUGGACACCUGGGGCUCCCUGUCCGCUAUGUGGCCACAGGGGCCCCCAGGGCAGGGAACAAAGCCUUGAGGUGAGAGCAGGACCCCAUCCUCCUCUCUCACAGGACAUGCUCAUGUCAGGCCUCAGUCACCGGAAACACUUAGCAGGUCACCGAAGACGAUCCCUGCUCCGGAAGUCUCAGGACAAGAUGAGGCAAACAUCUUCCAAUCUCCAAGAUGUGAGGCUGGAGGUAGACCCAGGAGCCCCGACUCCUGCAUCCAGGCGGCCCCUGACUUUCCUCCUUCUCCUCCUUUUCCUUCUCCUGGUGGGUGUCACAAUGCUCCUGCCCACGUCAGGGGACUCCUGUUGCUCUCCUGCCCGACUGGCUAGGACACCUUACCUGGUGCUCAGCUAUGUCAAUGGUCCUCCCCCAACCUGAGCACACAGUCCAG